AUGACAUCGACUACUUUUACAAAUACAGACGAUAAUUAUUAUGAAUUAGGGCAAGAAUUUAAAAAACUUGCUUCGCUCGUACCAACAAUACCAAAAGAUGAAUGUCUUUCGGAACUUGAAUUUAUUGAAUUUGUUAUUGCUUACAUUCGUCAAUUACAACAACUUCUUUCACAUGAUCAAUGGAGUGAAUGUUUAAAUAAAUUGGCAUCAUCUAUGAAGAAUUCUCUUCUAUCAUCAACAUCUUCACCACCAUCUUCUCCACAUGCAACAAAUCUAUUGAAUCAAUUAAUAAAUGAAUCUCCACGAACGCAAACAAAUGAAAACUCAUCGAUUAUACGUCGAAAUCCAUUGGCAACCAUUAAUCUAGACAAUACUCGAUUAUCGUGA